AUGGCCCCUGCUAUGACAGUUGAAGAGGCACAGAAUGGAGCCCGGGUUCAUGCACAAGAUUUGUUACAAGUUAGGGAGCUGUUAGGGGCAGAGUCAUGGAAAUCAACACAAAAGGCAUUGAGAUAUUUGGGGUUGAAGAUGAGGUCCCUGAUUGCAAGACUCUUUGAAGUUGACGUUUUUUGCAAGCUCUGCUGCUGGGGAUUUCACACCGCAUGUGGUGACUGUUUAUACUGGAGAGGAUGUUGCUGGAAAGAUUAUGUUAUUCGCACAGAAGAGUCCAAGAGGAAUAUGCACUCUUUCUGCCAAUGGUAUGUACAUAGCUACCAAAGCUAUUUGUGGAACCAUGCAGCAAGUACAAGGGUGCAAAAGUAUGGAUGGGGAACUAAUGAGGAUCUGAUAUCGAUCUUGGGUCAUCGGAAUACUGCUCAAAGGAAGCCUAUCAGGGAAACUUAUGCUGAAACUUAUGGAGAAGAUCUUCUCAAGGCCUUGGACAAAGAGUUGGCCAGUGACUUUGAGAGGCUGGUUCACGUUUGGGCCCUUGAUUCCGCUAAACGUGAUGCAUUUUUGGCAAACGAAGCAACUGAGAGAUGGACUUCAAGCAAUCAGGUGCUGGUGGAAAUAGCAUACACUAGGUCCUCUGAACAAUUGUUUGCUACGAGAAAGGCUUAUCAUGCUCUUCAUAAGAAGUCUCUUGAGGAGGAUGUUGCUCAUCAUACAAUAGAGGACUUCCGUAAGUGGAUCAACUGAUAGAAACAUAAGCAUUUGGAAGAGAGAUGCUUUUGGGUGAAAGAAUUAGAUCUGAAGGCAAUGUUAGUGCAGCAUGUUGAUACCACUGACUCUACUAUGCUGCCAGCUGAAGAAUCACAAAAGUGGUUGAGCAGAAACUUUUGUUUUUCCUUUUCUCAACAAGUUUAUGUUGCUAGGUUCAUAUGAUAUGCUAUUGGGAGAGGAAAUGUCAGAGCCGAGAUAGAGAGGGAAUUGGAAGCUCCACUAGAAUAAUAUAAUUUUGAGAUCACGUUUCUUGGAACAACUUCGCUGUGAGGAUUUUUUUUCUAAGUAUUUUGUAGUGAGCUUAUGUUUGCUCAUUUAUCAAACAAUCUUUUGGUUUGUAGAUUUGUUGUCUCUGAAUUGCAUGUCCAGCUUUUUGUUGAACGUGGGUUUAGUUAAAUGCGGAGAAUGUUCGGUGUCUCAUGAUGAGAUAUAUCUUCUUGCUUAUAUAAAAAAUAAUGAAUGAGAACCGUAACAUGUAACUGUUGAGGAUUGUUAUCUUAAAGGUUCCCAUGAACUGUUUUGAA